AUGGAUCCGCCACCAAAGCAGAUGGGAUCCUCUCCUAUCAGGCUUACCAGAACAGCUGGGGUCUUAUUUCCUUUGAUAUUUCUCAUAACAUGUCCGUUUUCUACAGUGUUGAAGAAGUACAGCUCCACAGUGUCCCAGAAUGCAGUUUUGAGCUUUCUCAACUACAUUUUUGUGCAACAGUUGGGCUACUUGUUCUUUACUAUAGCAUUCUUGAGUUAUGUGGUUUUCUACAUUGACAAUAAACCCAUGAGAGCUGGGAACAUUGGGGUUCUUUUAUUUAAAUACGCCGUCAUCACAAUCAUUGGCAUGCUCUUCCAUGGCGGGUUCUUCAAAUUUCUGUUGGUUGAGCUUGUCAACAAAUUUUCUGGUGGGCAUUGCAGUGAUCACAGCAUAACAAUGGCAAAGUGCCGCCAAUCACCGGAGUAUGAAUGGGUCGACGGGGUCGAUAUUUCAAGUCAUUACUACUUCUUGCUGAGCCUGGUGCUUAUGCUUCUAAACAAUCAGUUAUGCGCAGCCAGAGCCACAGACACCGUGUCUCAGACUGCGCCUCCGCCAAAGACGAUUCGUUUUUCCCAAUUAGCUGUCCUCUACCUUUCGUUUAUUUUGAUGUCGAUCUGGGUUUUCGAAUUCAUAAUCACCAGCUUGUUCUUCCACACCCCUACUGAAAGACUAUUUGGUCUUAUAGGAGUACCAGCAGCUUUGUUGACUAUCUCGUUGAGUCGAAAGCUACUCCCUGGUGAAGACGACGGCGACACCUAG